UAUAUCCUUCAAGAUAAUACACAAGCAUGGAUUCUAUUGCCUCCAGGGAGGGGAGGAUACUGCCGAAAGGUUCCGCAAUUUGGAUGCAUUGAUAGAAUACUACAAUAAGAAUCCUAUCUACUCUAACGCGUGGAGAAACCCAUUUUACUGUCAAUCAUUUACAUUGAAGCAUUCUACACCUCCGUUUGUGCCUGUAUGUGCCCAGCAUCCUAAGGUACCACUUGUGGUAGGAAAAACUGAAGAUGAACUCCUUUGUAUGGAAUGCUCUGAAAAAGUAGAUAGAUAUUUCAUAGAGAAGGGAAAACUUGCAGAAUUUCGUGAGAUUUUCGGUCAUCUGGAUUCAGAGAAUUUCUCCAUAGGCCUUCAAACAGAGAACAACGUUAAAUCACUCCUCAGAGACAAGGGUGUGCUGGAAGAUGCUGUUUCCAGAAUAUGGGAGCUUGCUGACUUAGACCGCGACAAAUUUCUCAACGAAGACGAGUUCUGUAUAGCGAUGUAUCUUGCUGAGUUAGCCUUGGCCAAGAAAAUGUUACCCCAGGGUAAAAAUAUUCCUCCGUCGCUAAUACCACCAUUUGAUGCCAUCGAAGAAAAGGAUUUACCGGCAGAGAUUCUGCAGAUGGACCAGCGCUCCAUACAACUGUACAGAGAAUGUUUGGAGGACAAAGAGGAGGCUGACUAUCAUAUAAGAGUGAUUGUGAUUGGUCAGACUGAGGUUGGCAAGACAACGCUUACUCGCAAUCUCCUAAGGCUGCCAGAAAUGAAACCACCUGGAACUACAAGUACAGAUGGAGUUGAUAUCCACAACAGUUUUGUGUCCUUGAAUGAUAACACUUGGAUUACUGAUAAAACUGUAUGGAGUUUGAAUCAGGUGCAUUGGGAGCAGGAGUUGUUCCGGAGUACCACUUCUCUGAAAACUGAAGUAUCAACCCCUUCUGGGGAGGCUGAGACAGAGGAUGAUGACAAGUUGGCUGGUGAUGAAGUGUUAGAUCCAACAGAGGUUGAUUCUGAUUCUAACCAAAUAAGCUUCACUCUUGAUGAUGUUGAAAACAAGGUGGAUGCCCCAACAGAGAUUGCUGCUGGAGUUACCUCCCCUUCACAAAUCAUCAGCGAAACUGAACAAGAUUCAAUGUCUUCAUGCAAAGAUUUUUUGCAAAUGGUGCAUACAAUGGAGAAAGCCAAAUUAGGAGCUAGCAAUAAUGGCGUUGAUCAGAGUCAGACAGCAGAUAAUGCUUUCCUCAACACUGUCAGAAAUCUGGUGAUGUCUCAAAAGGAUUCAGUAGCAGACUUAGAUGAUAAAAACUAUGGCGAGUUGUCUGUGUGGGACUUUGCUGGUCAGUUUGUGUUUUAUACAACCCAUCACACAUUCCUGACCCCUCGAGCAGUGUAUCUUCUGGUCACAAGGCUUGACCAAAGCAUCAACGAUCCUGUAGAUAAUGACCAGUGUGUUCUUGAUGUCACUGGCUGCAAAGAGUUGAAAAUCAGGGAUUUGGUGUCGUACUGGAUGAACUCUGUCCACCUAUACAGCCAUAGUGUGGAGCAUCAGCCGCCCGUGGUACUUGUGGGGACACACCUGGACAAGGUCGAGGGAGACAUAGAAAAAAAGACCAACGAUUACUUUGUGGAGCUAAGGAAAUCUCUGUUGAAGACGCCCACUUCUCGUCACCUGAUCGACAAGGACUUUACAAUGUCAAACACACCUACUGAACAGGAAAUAGGAAGUCUCCGACGGAAAAUUGUGGAACUGGCUUCCAAGCAGAAAUACUGGGGAGAAAAAAUUCCGGCCAGAUGGAUAGCUCUUGAAAGGGCGAUGGUGGAACAAAAGCUUAAAGGUAUCUGUAUUCUGUCUUAUGAAGAGGUUGUAGAGCUGGAUAAAAGUACUGGAGUUCCAAUCGGCGAGAAGGAGAAACUAGACUUGUUCCUUCGCUUUCAGCAUGCCAUAGGGAAUAUCAUUUAUUUCAGUGAAGGUUGUCUGCGGGAUCACAUUGUUCUUAGCCCACAAUGGCUCAUAAAUGCAUUCAAAUGUAUUAUCACAGCUCGGCAAUUUUGCAUCAAGAACCCAGCUCUUGCACAGCACUGGGAUGACCUGAACAGCACUGGGAAGCUUCAUCAAUCUAUGGUACAGGGAAUUUUCAGAAAACAGGACAGAUUCUGUCAGCACAAGGAGCAUAUUCUUGGUCUGAUGGAACGUCUCGACAUCAUUAGCCGCCCCUUUGUGCAUCAACCUGGUGACAAAAGUCAUCCAGCACUGCAAGAGUUCUACUUUGUGCCAUCAUUGCUUCAGGACAAGCUAACAGAAUGCCAGUUGGACAACUAUGUCUAUGACACAAACAGAACACCUUUCCUCUGUUAUGUCUUCAAAAACAAUUUCCUGCCACCUGCCGUGUUCCACAGGCUCCUUGCUGCAUGUGUCUCCAAAUAUCCAGUGGCAAAACAGGGAUCUCAGCUCCUGAUGUUUUGUGGAUGUGGUAUGUUUGAUCUAAAUGGCGGCCUGACACGUCUCGUGGUGGCUUUCUAUGACAACAUGAUUCAAAUAGGACUUUUCCGAUUCAGUCAAACAAAGCAUCCACCAGAAAGCGCUACAUGUGUUUCUGUGCAAACUUUUGUGGCCGAAACCUUGAGGCGCAUUCUUGGUAGGUACUGCAUGAAUCUGCCAUUCACGGUGCGUUUGAAGUGUGAAGGAAGUCCCCUGCUAUCCAAUGAGGGUCUGAUUUCUGUUGAGGAUCUGACAACAGAAGGGAUUGAGAUGGUAUGUCAUGGUCAUGACAACAAAAGCCACAUAAUCAACAAAGAACGCCACCUUCAGGGAUGGUUUCCUGAUAAGAAAUCAACUACUGACAACACUCUGGAAGACAAAGGUGAUCAGAUAAAAUCUGUCAUCUUUGGACGUCUUGAUGAUAUCCCAGAUGAUCUUGAACUCACUCGAAUAUCUGCCUUAAUUGGAAAAGAAUUUGAAAUUCUUGCUCGUUAUCUUGGAAUUGAUGAUGCAGAGAUUUUCCAGAUUCGGUCUGACCACCCAUUCGACACCAGAUCACAGAUAUACCACAUUUUAGUCCGAUGGAAACAAAAGUCAGGGAAGAAUGCUACAUAUCGUAGCUUAGAAGAAGCAUUCCAAUUUUCUGAAAUUAAUACAGAAAUUCUCUUUGGAUCGUAAAUCCUUAGUGUCAUUUGGUACAUGUAUACUGACAGCGCCAAUAUCAAUUGUUGAAAAGUCAAUAAGUUUACAUGAACGUAAAAGUGUAACCUGGUUGUAUGCACUUUCUUGCCUUGUUUGAGGGCUCUAACCCAGUAUUCAAAUCCAGUAGAUAUAUAUGUGUGUUAUGAUUUAGAAGUUUGAAUUGUUCAGAUGUACGAUGCAGUUUAAUUCAUUUUUAACUCUCCUGCAUCUAACUCUCAAUUUGAAUUGAGAUAUUCUAAUAGCUUGUGUCAUUUAUACAACCCUAGCCUUCUAAAGCAAUCAAGAACAUGCGUUUCUUUAAAAGACUUAAUUAUAAUCCAAUUUUCCUGACAUUUCAUACAUUUGCAAUCAUCAUCUCGUGUAGGAAGAUGUGAUUCAAUCACCCGAGAUCAAAAAUGUUAUCUAUAGAUUUCCUUGCUGUACUAACUUUAUUAGGUUAUUUGGACCCGAAGUGUCGGGAUGACCUACACUCAUUGAUUCGUCCGUCAUCAUCUGCCACACGUAAAUUUUUCACAUUUCAAACUUCUUCUCUCAAGUUUUACCGGUGGGAUUCAGCUCUUACUUACCCGAAAUGAUCCUGAGAUGGUUCUGACCAAGUUGUGUUAUUUUUUUUGGUCUGUCCGAAAUCCGAGGUGGCCGCCAUGGCAGCCAUCUUGAAAAACAUGUUUUAAAUUUCUUCUACAGUUCCACUGAGAUCAUUGAGCUGGAAAUUGGUGAGGAUGUUAAGGA